AUGGAAGGAGAUCGCUCUCUGGAUGGCUACUACAUCGAUCCCAACUUCCCUAACCCCAUGGGUCCCAAUGACGCUCGCAUCAUCAUCUACGGCUAUACUCCCUCCUUCGCAGUCGGCAUCCUAGGCGUCGUCCUUUUCGCCAUCUCAACCGCAUGGCACAGCUACCAGCUCUUCUUCCGGCACCGACCAUGCUGGUACUUCACGCCCGUAAUCGUCGGGUGCGCCAUGGAGAUAGUAGGCUACGCGUUCCGAAUCCUAUCCAACAAGAUCAGCCCGUACAACGUGAUAUACUUCGUUGUGCAGUACUUCUUCAUCGUCGUUGCGCCCGUCUUUUUCUCCGCGGCUAUCUACACCAUCAUCAGCGUGCUCAUCAGCGUCGUGGGCCGCGAGUACGCCCCAAUGGGGCCUCGACUCAUCCUGGCCAUCUUCAUCACGAGCGACGUUGUGGCGACAAUCGUGCAGGUUGCGGGCGCAGCGCUCAUCGGUGUCGCGGAAAGCAAUCGCAGAGACCCGACGACCGCGAAUAACAUCCUGCUCGCGGGGCUGGCAUUCCAGGUCUUCGCGUUCCUUGUGUUUAUCAUUCUGCUUGCUCUGUUUUUGUGGCGGAGCAGGAAGGUGACGAUGAUGACUGUGAAGCGGAGUUUUAUCAUCGCGUUGGUUGUUGCGACUUUGGCGAUCUAUCUGAGGACGUGCUUUAGGUUGGCGGAGACGGCGGAGGGGGUCAUGGGGUAUUUGUCGACUCACGAGGUGUUCUUUGGGUGUUUGGAGUUUGCGCCUGUGGUUGUUGCCGUGUUUCUCUUUAAUAUCUGGCAUCCCGGGAGGUGCAUCCCGAGACGGCCUGUGACGGCGUUGCCGCGUUGA